AUCACCGACGGCAAUUGGAAAUCUGUUUGUAUGUCACCGAACUGUAAAUGAUAAAUCGCACAGUGGUAACUAUAAUGAAAAUGUUAUUGUUCAUAUCCACUGCAAAAUGCUGAAUUUGAACGAUGAUUGUAUUCUAUACAUUAUAACAUUAUUAAACCAAAAUGAUCAAUUGCAAUUAAAACGUGUGUGUAUGCGUCUAAAUAACUUAGUAAAUAUUUAUUGGCAUCAUAAAUACAAAAAAUGGAGCAAAUAUGACACGAAUUGUCAAAAUGAGAAAGCAUUUCUAUGGAUGAUAUAUCAUUUGCAUGAUUACAUUGAAGACUUGAAUUUAGGCUGCUUGCAAAGGAAUGAAAUGGAUAUUUUGCGAAACUAUGUAUUUCCUAAUACACAUACACUAAUAGCUGAUGCUGAAAUUGUAGAAACAAAUGCAUUAGAUGUACUUCCUAAAGUAUUUCCAAAUUUGCAUAAAAUAAACUUAGUCGCCAAUAUAAAUAUGAAUGUCAUUGCAAAAAUGAAUUUUUUAACGGAAUUAAAAUUAGAUUACGUUUUUUAUAAGGGCGAUUUCAGUUUACAGUCUAUUUUUACAAACUUAAAACUACGCAAGUUAAGUUUUGGUUAUACAAAAGAUGAACCUCGUGAGCUGUAUAACAAUUUCGAUGAUAUUUAUAGCAUUAUUCAAUGUCAAACCUUAGAGGAGUUUUCCACAAAUGCCGAGCUGUUAAAUAUUAUAGCUGAUAAGCUACCUGAAUUAAGAAAUCUUAAGUUAAUUGGCUGUUUCAUACAUUCUAACGAUCGCGAUUACGAGCCUUUCUAUGACAAAAUCAUUGAAAUAUUUGGUUCGAGAAUACAUACACUGAUUAGCGAUAGUUUUAUAAGUUAUUUUCCAAUGCAAAUUCUAUCAAAAAUGCCAAAUUUAAGAAAAUGGAUAAUGAAGGAUCGCUUUGUGAGUCGAUUCGAUAAGAAUGUUUUAGCGAAAAGCUUAACAAACUUAGAAGAACUGCUGCUGAUAAAUAUAAAAAAUAUUUUACCAAUAUUUGACAAAGGCUUUGAGAAUUUUGAUGAAGAAUAUUUGGAUUUAAAUAUAUUUGAACUUAUUGUUGCUUGUAAAAAGCUGCGAGUGCUGGGUAUUCCUAUGGAAUGGCUAAAUGAAGAGUUGAGUUUGUCAAAACUUUAUAAUCUCUUACGCGAUAAAGGUGAAACAGGAUCACGCUUAGAGGUGCAAUGUUUUACGUUCGAUUCAAACGUCGAAAACGCUGAAGUCAAAAAGCAGUUGACGGAAAAUUAUGAAGACCAAAUGCUUAUUACCCAGGCGUGUUAUCCGGAGGAGGAAAUAGACCGUUAUUCUUUGCAUUACUUCAGUGAGCGCUUAUUUGAAAUACAUUUCUAAACAUUAAUAAUAAUUAUAAUAAUUAAAUUAGUAAUUUAAAAUUUAUAUACAUGUUAACGUA